CUUAAGCAUACCGAACCCGAUUGUCUUUAUAAGCGAAAUUUUCGAAGCCCUCGAGAUUCAAACAUGGGGAAGCUAUACGAUUUAUUGAUACAACCUUUUGUAAAUUACACUGAAGGAAAAGCAGGGCCGCAGAGAGAGACAUUGUGGAGCAUACAGCGGGCACAAAGGGCUGGUGGGGGAUCAGCCGGGGACCCCCAGCAGAAGGAGGAAUGUUACACGUGCAAGGCAGUCGUUAUAGCAAUAUUGACCAUGUACGGCACAGCUAUUCUCGCUAUUCCCAAAACUGAGAAAUAUCAACAGAGUAUGAAAAAAUACCUCCGAGAUAAAAACACAGUGUUAGCCAUCUUUGCUGUUCAUUCCUUCUUUGGGUGUGGGUGUUUUGUUGCUGCACUUUAUCAGACUUACAAACUGAAAGAAAUGCUGGAUCGACGGAAACUUCAGUAAAAGAAAUUCUUAUGUAUAAAUCACCAACAUGAAGGAAAUUAUUAACAAUAUAGUGAGAUUGCAUGUAUAAAUGAUCAACAUGAAGGAAAUUAUUGAACUAUGGUGGGAUGAUGAUCAUUAUUUUCAAUGAUCCAAGUUACCGUUCUUUCAUCGAUGCAAACACUGGCGCUUAUACGACAUGACGAUUCACAACAACAUAUAGCACUGGGUUAGACAUAUGGCUUUUGAUAUUCAGUUUAGUAGUAGCAAUGGAAGCGAUUUUAAAUCGCGAAGUCCCAGUAUUCAAUUUUAAUAAUCCGAUUUUACCAAUCACUUUUGAUGUCCGCGUAAGGUCAUGUUGGUUUCUGAUAUUAAAGCUACUCUUCUCAUUGAAGUAAUUCACGCCAUCUAUUAGCAGACUCAUUCGUAAGACUUAGAAAAAAGCAACGCUUAUUUUCACGUCAUUGUAUUCCGUGCAAGUGGAUGUUGGUGGUUAAAUGCAUGUGUGGAGGUGGAAAACACUUGAUAUACCAAUUUUUACUGUUGUUUUGUUGGUACAUGUAAUAUACAUAUAAAUGUACUUUUUCAUGUA